GCAAAUUUAAUAUUAAUUUAUCCGUCACUGUCAAGUGUCAACUUAAAUGUGUUAGCUGUCAACUCAGACUUAAGACUCAAAUCUCAAUCUGAAAAUAGAAAUUAGUCUGUGGUUUAUUCCGCUUUGUUUUGCGGAAUAGAGUGGACAUGUAUUAAUGUCAUGUGGGUAAUUUCAUGCUGCAUCGAGUUGUUUUUAUGUUAGUUGUUUGAAUCAUAACAAAAGUGAAAGGACAAUAAUUCUAUUUAAGAUAAUAAGUGAUUUAAUGAUAACAUAGUGUUUGUGAUUUUAAAUUGAGAAAUAGUACAUUUGCGCAAUUGUUUGAACGACUUGAUGUCAAUAAACUUGUCGAUGAUGUUUUAUGGGAAAGGUGUGCCGCGUCGCUAAAUACCUGUUCGUGGCGACAGGGUGCAUGAGGUCGGGACGCUGGCGGAGGCGUUCGGCGCCUGAAGUUGGUGAAAUGUCCUAUUAAAUAGUGGGAUUGGACAAGAUGUUUGUUUCGACAUUUUUCCGGUCGCGUCACAUAUCGAACCUGCCCAGACCAAGAAAGCGAUGUGAACACGAUGUGACAUGUGAACUACUCCGACCAGCCACAAGACUGAACCUGGAUGCCUUAAAAUCAGCUGACCCAAGAUGAUGACUGGAUUAUCUUUUUUAAUUUGAAAGUCCAGCCAGAAUUUUUUGAUGUUUUUGAGACUGCGUUUGGUGCUCGUUAGUGUAGUGAAGUGAACUAUCGAUAAUGAAUGCGAUAACUAGUGAGGGGGAAGCUGUGAAAGUGGAGGGCGGACAUAUUUCUGUCACUACUAUCAGCAUGUCGGGGCCGAAUCCCGGUACUGGUCAGUUCUCUUACAGCUCGAGUGGGGUUCGUAUCAGCGUAUCGUCUGAUCCUCACGACGAUGACUCCACCGACGCCGAAAUAUCCAAGAUCGAGUUUGGCAAUCAGUACGAAUAUGAGGUGAACAUGCGAAAUAAAAAGAAGAGACCAUUAGGACAGUGUGAUGGUGGGCUGGAGCAGGAACGACCCAUGUCCUGGGAGGGAGAGCUAUCUGACUCGGAUAUGGUUAUAGACACUAGCGUUAACAAUGACGAGACGAGUAACUCAGUGGAUCUGCAGUCGUCUCGAGACUCCAUUGAUACGCUCCGCAACGUGACGAUAAAGACAGAGGCGGUGAAGAGUGAACCCUUCCAGAGCCUCGACGAUGGCAGAGUCCUGGACCUCAAGUACCCCGCGCCACUCCAGUCUCACCAGCGUAGUCUCAGCAUGAAUAGGAUAUCAGUGCUGACGGACACGUCCCCCGUGCCGCUGGCCAGACGGCCCUCCUCCCCCACCAGUAGCGCCAAGUCUCUGGCGCUCUCUGACCAGUACGCGGACUACAUGACCACCACUGCAAUGCCGACCGUUACAUCCAACUCAAUGACCGAAGUGCAGAACUUAACCAUUAAGAAGGAAACGCACUUGUCAGAACUGAAAUGCGAGCCGUUGGGGAUGGAGAAACUGUUGGGAGUGCACGGAUCCCCGCUUCUAGGUCGGCUUCCUCGUGUGCAAUCCAGCGCGAGUACAGAUUCUGCAGUACAUUCCAUGUAUGCACACAGUGUAUACAGCAGCCCCUCCGCAAGUCCCCGAGCCAGUCGUCACUACACACCUUCGUUGUCCAGAAACAACAGUGACGCGUCACAUUCCUCGUGCUAUUCCUACAGCUCCGAGUUCUCCCCAACUCACUCCCCGGUGCAGAGUCGUCACCCCCACGUGGUAUAUCGAGAAGCUGCCGUAUUCCCAGCAUCACCUGCUCCUGAUGAUGACACGGAGCCGAUUGAUGACAGACUCCACCAUCAUCAGGGUAUCAGCAGACAGCAAUUAAUCAACAGUCCCUGCCCAAUUUGCGGUGACAAAAUAAGCGGCUUCCAUUACGGCAUAUUCUCGUGCGAGUCGUGCAAGGGGUUCUUCAAGAGAACCGUGCAGAACAGAAAGAACUACAUGUGCUUACGAGGCGGUAACUGUCCUGUCACUGUUGCGACCAGGAAGAAAUGCCCGGCUUGUCGGUUCGACAAGUGUCUGGGGUGCGGCAUGAAGCUGGAAGCAAUACGCGAGGACCGCACGCGCGGCGGCCGCUCCACGUACCAGUGCUCGUACUCUCUGUCGGGCGCCGCGUCCACGGGCUCGCUGCUGUCGGCGCAUGCGCCCGCCACCUUGCGCCACGCCUCCAGCCUCACAUGCGUAAAUGGCCCAGCAUCGUACAGCAGUAGAGGGGAGUCAAGUAACAGCCGACUCACGCCUGACAUACCGCCAUUAUUGCAGGAAAUAAUGGAUGUGGAACAUUUAUGGCAAUACAACGAGUCAGAGCUGAACCGACUUGGCAAGUCGACGGGCACUCCGUCCGCCAACCCACUCUUGGCUGCAAGUGGAAUUACCGCGCAGAACUCUAGCGCUGACUUCCUGGCAGACCUGUGCAAUAUCGCAGACCAUAGACUAUACAAGAUUGUCAAAUGGUGCAAGAGUUUGCCGCUCUUCAAGAAUAUAUCGAUCGACGACCAGAUUUGUUUGCUGAUAAACAGCUGGUGUGAGCUGCUUGUGCUGUCGUGCUGUUACCGCGGAGUGAGCACCCCGGGGGAGGUGCGCGUCGGAGGGGGGAGGGGCAUCACGCUGCAUCAAAGUGCAAAAUACGGUUUGACGCCUUGUAUAGAACGUAUGCUGAGUUUCACCGACCACCUGAGGAGGUUACGAGUUGAUAGAUACGAAUACGUCGCUCUCAAGGUUAUCGUACUGCUCACUUCAGAUGCACCGGAGUUGCGCGAAGCAGAGAAAGUGCGAGCAUCACAAGAGAAGGCGCUGGCUGCCUUGCAAGCGUAUACUGCGUCACAUUCCCCUGACACUCCGGCCAAGUUCGGUGAACUCCUGCUGCGUAUCCCUGAGCUGCAGCGAACUUGCCAGUUCUUCAUGCAAGUGGGGAAAGAAAUGCUGAAUCCUGCCAACAAAAAUAAAGAUGGGGAAGCGCCCAGUUUCAACUUACUUAUGGAGUUGUUAAGAGGUGACCACUAACUACCUACGUAGAUGGAUUCUGGAAUGUUCUAGAAUAUUCCAGAACAUUCUUGUGACUUUGUAGUGAACGCACAGAACAUCAGAAUGAACUUAAAGAAUGUAACUGCAAUAAUAUUUUUAUAUUUUUACACCAAGAAGUUUGUGCAGGCGAAUUAUCAAAGGACUUUGCUCAAAUAGUAAAUGUAAUGUAAGUCUUUAUGUCUAUGAGAAUAAGUUUUAUGUUUCAAUAAUACUGCCGUUUGCUUUUGGCUUUGACUAUGAGACUGUUAUGUGAUCAAUUGAUUGUAACGUAAUAUUAACGUGUGGUGCCAAUCUCUUUAGUCUUGUAUUAAUACUUAUAUCACUGACCUCUUCUAUAUACCACUGGACUGGCGGCUGUCAAAGUGCUUUUGUGCCUGUUUGAUAUUCGCCAUUUUGGCUCUGUUGGCCAUGUAGCGAGAGUCUGCGGUACUAAAACUAGUGAUGACAACCUCAGCAUACAUCGAUAGAUGGUGGGAAACUAUUUACAAAAAAAAUGUGUGCUUUAUUACGUUGAUUACUGAAGUAUAAAUAACACGUAAAACGAACGAAAUUAAUUCAAAAUGCAAAAAUAUAUCAGAGUAUUGUACGUGCCUUCGCAGCCAUUUGUAUUAUGCGUCAAAAUUACUCGUAGUUCUCUGGACGCUCGCGAGCGGCGCUUCCAAUAGGCACAAAAAAUUUGCUGUCAAACACAUGGAACAACCUGUCCAGUGGUAUUUAUACAGGUCAGUGACUUAUACCAAACCUUGAAAGUUUGCUAACAUCUUAUAAUUAUAUCUAAAUUGAGGUAAUAUGUACUACGAGAGAAGACGUCUGUCUUUAAUUAUUUGCAACACGAGUUAUAGCCACCUGUAGUGAACUCACUUAGUCUAUGAUAAGCCUUUGUAGCAAUAACACGCGCUUGAGUGCUGGGUUUUGUUUAAAAUAUGCCGUCGCGUGAAUUGAGACACUAUUUCAAUAAUACAAAUUAAAUUUGUAACCAAAAUUGUUGAACAAUGCGGGACUUGAACCUGCUUUUCUCGGGUACCGUUCGAGCGCUUUUACCAACUGAGCCAACCGUUUUGAGUUACGCAUGAAUUUCAAAUCUUGGUAUGUCUUGUUCUACUCUCAGGUUGUGGCUUCAUCUACAGGAUCUACUUUACAGUAAUUUUAAACCUGCUCAACCCCAAUAAUUGCAUAUUAGGUAAUUGACUUGAGAUGUCGCUCUUUCAAAUUUAAACAAUUUGUUUUUUUUAAUAUAAUUUGUAUAAUUAGUCCCGGAAGUGAGGAAAAAAACUAAAUAACAAAUUGUUCACUACUUAAAUAACUCUUAAAACACACCUAAUAGUCAAGGACAUUUCUAUAAGUUCAACAAAUUACGUUUAAAACUAGGUUUAUUUAAUUAAUCGCUGCGACAGCAGCAAAAGUUAAAUAAACAUUGAUUGAAUGAGAUUUUCAAAGUCGUAAGUGCCAGGACUUUCAUGGCGCUUAAAACUUUACGUUACGUUUUGGUCGCUAGCAAAUUAUACUAACUAAAAUUUUAGCGCUGUAACGAUCUUUAGUUUAUUUCUUAUGAAAAUUGCAUAAGACUUUUGCUUACUUCCCGCAGCUUCUCUAGUACGUGGUACAUAUUAACUCAAUGACUGACUAUAAUAUUAAUUAUUGUAUAGUACGAGAGUUAUGUCUACGAAUCUAUUGAAUACGAGUAUUUUUGUAAUGGUCGUAUUUAUAUGAAACUUGGUCGCCUCAUAAAUAAACUCAACUGAAAUAUGAGCUAACGUUAAGUUUAAUGAUUUUUCCGAUACUUUCGACGUUAGAACGCCGUGAUCAACGGACGAUUAUUAGAGAUCAUUAGCGCUAGUUAUUGCCACAUAUUUCGUUUUACCCUCCUUCUUCCUUUCUUAGUCUUUCACAGUGUCUUGAUAAUAGCCUACCGGUUUCAUUUCCGAACUCAACUCAAUCACGUUACACGACAUUAAAAUUCCUUUGCCUAAGGUAAGCCCGAAUAAUUUAAAGUUAGGUUUAAAAUUAUGUCACACCACACCCUAGAAGUAUGGUCAUUUAGAGGGCAAAGUCAAAUUGGCUUAGAAGAAGCUGGCCGUCAUAAAUAGAGCACGGCAAUACUUUAAGCCGGCCCACAUUCUAGCGCUCUACAAAGCGUAGGUCCGGCCACAUAUGGAGUAUUGCUGUCGAAUUGUUUAAAGACAAAUAUUGGCGGAAUUAACACUAAAGAAAACUCGAAUUAUUUGAAUAAUUAUGGAUUUCCGCAAAGUAACGCCUACUUCAAUAAUUUUUUUAAAGGAUCUUUCUUCCACGUACUACAAAGCUGUGGAAUGAGCUUCCUUGUGCGGUGUUCCCGGGACGAUACGACAUGGGUACCUUCAAAAAAUGCGCGUACACCUUCCUUAAAGGCUGGCAAAGCCGCUGUGAUUCCUCUGGUAUUGCAAGAGAAUGUGGUCGGCGGUGAUCACUUAACAUUUGUCCUCCUCUUCCAUAAAAAAAAAGAUACUUAAAUUAUCCGGACUUACCCUGAUGCACGUUAAUAAUAGUUUAAAAAGCAAUUAUUACCAUUACGUCUAAUUCUAUUAUGAUUGAAUACAAUAUUUUUGUAAAAUUAUAUAUCAUCAAUUUGAUGUUAAUAAAUCAACUUAAUAUAUCUGAUAAUAAAUUAUUGAUAAGCUAUAAUAAAAUAUAGUCUUGGUGUCUAUCUUCUACUCACAGAACUUUGCUACUAAACAUUAUGUAAUUAUAAUUUUGGAACUAUUUUUCAUACAUAGAGCAUAAAAUCGUUCAAGUUUGAUUUCAUAUUGAGAUCUUAAAAGACCUCUUAAAAGACUCUUUAACCAUUGAGAUAAUAUGGAACUUGAGCGGUGUCAUUGACUAUGUAGAAGUAAAUACUAGGGUUUUCUUAUUCACCGCUUACGGUAUAUAAUAUCAAUAAAAUAUUAAUGAUAUGUAUUAUGAACUACCAUGACCAAUAUAUUAUACAGAAGAAGACAGAUUUACUGAACAUAAUUUAACUUUACGUAACAUUUCAUCCUUGAAAUAGGUACGUAUAGUUUCAAUAACAAAUUACAAUAUGUAGUGUAUUAUAUCUAUACAUAUAUACAUUAUAACAGCUUCACCAAUUCAUAGGUAUUCUUGUAAGCUAGAAAUUUUAAGAGGGAUUCCCUUAACAUGUUACUGACUUGCUUUUUGCAGCGAAAAAUAACAAAUAUUUUACUUCACUGUAUAUUUUGAAAGAGUGCUUUUUAAUAACUUUUAACUACGGCUUUAAAAAAAAUAGUUAAAUCAAAAUAGUGAAUCCCAAAUUUACAAUUUUUUUACAUUUUGUUAUAAAGCGUCCUCUGUUUUCUUUUAUAGAAUUAUUUUUAAUAUACCCACACUAUGCUAUACUUCUAUGUUCUCACUAAACUAGUUUUUCAAUUUUCAAAAUAUCAUCUCGUCUUGCCAAGGCUCUCUGUUAUUUUCCUUACAAUUUUGCCGUUCUUAGCUUAUAAUAUAAAUUACCCUUUAUAAAGGGUAUAAAGGCAUACGUGUUAAUUAAAAAAAUCAUUUAUUUUAUCGUAUAAAAUUAUAAUAAAAUUAGCAAUUAACUAGAUUUAACUAACUGUAGUUGCGUUAAGCGCCAUUUUGUUUGCGUUGAGCGCCAUUUUGUGCGCGCUCUAUAUUUUUGCCAUUUUAGUUACUUAAUAUUGUUAUUAUGUGUAUAUUAGUUAAGGUAUCUAUCUGAAGGUAAAACUUUCAGUUUGUAAAAUUAAAUGUUGUUAUAAGAUAUAUUCCAUAAUGAUUCCAAACUGUGAGUAUAAUCAUAUUAGGAAUUCGUUUUAUUUACUUAUGAAGCAUUGAUAACGGAUAUUUUUAUCUGUGCAAUACUUGAACAGCGCGUGUUGUCUAAAGAGUUAUUAUUAUUUCUAUCAUAAGUAAAGACAAUUUUAUCUUUUAUUAUAUUUUUUCUACACUGUUAUUAUACUCAGUGGAACUUUAUCAAGUCAACCAGUAAUCACUGCCUAAUUUUACUAUAAUUGCUGUAAGAAGAAUCGAGUAUUGAAACAAUACUGAAACGAUAGAUUAUCACUUACCGUUAACCGCUCUCUUUUAUCAAUAAGUCUUAGAUUAAGGAUUGGUCUCGGCUGCGUUCCAACUUGAUACCGUUCUACCUAAGAACAAUAGCUUUUUUACUACGGCAAUUUUAUAUAGUAGUGUGUAUUGGCUAUUUGUAAAGAGGCAUCUUGACACUCAAUGGCAUCUUUAAAAUUUUGUAACAUACGCUUCGUGUUAUUUUACAUUGAAAUUAAUAAAAUACAAAAUAAUUACUGGUGAUAUGUGAUCCCAGUGUCUUUCUUAUUUUUUAUAGUAUUCUUUUUACAAAGUUUUAUUACACAACCCGGCAUUUUAGUUUCAAUCAUUAGCAAAGUAUAACAGAACAUGUGACACGGCAACGUCACACAUUGUUCGAGACUGGCCAUAUGCCCAUAUGGGCGUAGUAUUAGAUGCCGCACUUUGCGACUACGCCUGCGGUAUCUAGUUGGAGCGCAGCGGAGACCAAUCCUUAAUCUAAGUAAAUAUUUUUUAAAACACACAUUUUAGUCAUAUGAUUGAAAUAAUUCAUAUCAAUAUAUAAUCAUAUUAUGUAAUAACACGUUAUAUCGGUGGAACGGUAACUGGAAAUUUUUCGUUAUAAAUAGUUUUAUGUAGAAAUAGUUUUUAUUUUAUAAUACAGCGUCGCUACACUUGUUAGAGGAAGUAUAUUGUCAAUACUGAGUAUUCCAGUGCAGUAUUAUAAGGUAUUUCAAUCGCGAUGCAAUUUGUUUUUGAAGUGAUAACUUCUUUUGGCGUACCGCACGCACAUUUUUUCGUAGGUAAUAAGUUAGGCUGAUCCGACUCUCUGACAAAGAAAAUAUUAUAGUACAAGUACAGAAGUCACAAGAAAAAGGGACCGUUCCGGCCAUACAAUAAGGUGUAAUUCAGAUCGCACAGCCUACAUUUUUAUUUACCUAGAAAUUGCCUCUCUUUCUAUCGCCUGACUCUAACCUCUUUUGGUGACAUUAGGGUUGUCUUCUUUACCCCUAAACUGUACCUAACUUGUAUAAGGUCAUCUUUAAAAAAUUGCUUAGUUUUUGUCUAAAAUAUAAAUAGGUAUGUAAUCGUAAUUUUAAAGCAAUAUUAUUUCGUUGUCAAACCUAUGUAGGUUUGACAACGAAAUAAUAUUCAACUAUAACUAUAAUCAUCAACUAAUGUAGUUGCAGAAGAGCACGACAUAGUAAUACCUACUUAGCAUAGGAAAUAAAUAGCUACCUAGCUAUCAUGAACGGUAAUUUCAUUAUAAUAAUAUUAACUAUAAAUUAGAUUGUUUCAUGGUCUUUAGGAAGCCUAAAAAAUUUAAAUAUGGAUCGCGAUGACCCUUAACAUGCUUUUUUAUGUUUCUCCAUUUUCCAAGAUCGGUCGGACCGGUGAAGUAGGCCAACAAAACCCGCACGUCACUGCUCGCCGUGAGUCCCUAUUAGCUAGCCUACUCUGUAGAGGCCGCCGCACGUACUUACGUUUUCGAUACCUACACGGGGAGUGAGAACGGGGAGUGAACGAUAAGCCACGCUGCUCAGACCGCCGAGUGUACCCGAGCGAGAAAGAUACAGUCAGUUGCUCUUCGCUUCGACAUAAGUCACUGUGUUAACUAUAUUCAAUUAACACCUAGUAAUUGUCAUUAUUUCCCCAUCUCUCUCCUUCUCAAACCACUUGUUAUUAAGCUCGCUUUGAUAAAGUUAUUCUUUCGAAUGGUCUUAAGCACAUCCGGGUUCCGUAGCCAAAUGGCAAAAAACGGAACCCUAAAAACUGUGUGAUAGAUUCGUCAUGGGUGUCUGUCUGUCCGUGUAUGUCACAGCCUCUUUUUUCCAAAACUAUAAGAAGUAUACUGAUGAAACUUGGUGAGUAGAUGUAUACUGUGAACCGCAUUAACAUUUUCACACAAAAAUAGAAAAAAAACAAUCCCAUACCUACUUAGAACUGGGUCUCAAAAAUUUUUUUUGGAUCAUGGAUCUGUGGACCUAUCUAUGGAUAGAUCAUCAAAAAUGUUAUUGAGGUUUCUAAUAUCAUUUUUUUCUAAACUGUUUAGUUUGCGCGAGAGACACUUCCAAAGUGGUAAAAUGUGUCCCCCCCUGUUACUUCUAAAAUAAGAAAAAGAUGUAUGUACAUUACAUAUUGCAUUAUGUACCUACAUGCAAACUUCCAAAAUUGGACUGAACGAGAUCUAGUAAGACGUAUAAAUGAUGAGAGCUCAUUUGCACUGUAUGAUUUUGGGUAAAUAUCUUUUCCAUUUAAAUUGCAUUAAACUUCUGAAUUCAUAAUAUUAUGUACGUUUUUUCCAUGCUCUUAUGGUAAAGGAAAACAUCGAAAGAAUACCUACAGACAUCUGCGAAGGUAUUCAAAGGUAUGUGAAGUUGACCGACUCGUACCGGUCAUUUGAAGCAAGGCCGUUCUCACGCAAAAUAAAGAGUCACUAGACGUAGCCGAAAAUAUCCUGCGAACUGUCAUUUUACCUUUUGAGGUUUUUUAAUGUUCUAUACAUAUAAAAUAUUGCCAAAAUACUGCUUUAUCUAUACGUUGCCACAUUAACUCCAGUUGUUUAAAAUAUUCUUGGUCAAUAAGCAGCAAUGUAAAACAUUUAUUCAGUUCAAGUUACGUAGGUUGAAUUUAGAACCCGAUUGAGACAGUGACACGAGUUGUCACACGACUAAGGAGUAAAGUGUGCUUACAUUGUCUUUAAGCACUCUUUUUCCGUUCCGCUAUCAGACUGCGAAUGAUAUGACCUUAUAAUAUGUGUAUAGAACGUCAUUGCUAUGAUGAUUACCUAUAUAUGUUUAUCUUAUCAAUAAACUGUAUACUAAUCAUAAUUAUAUAUGAUAUCGGAAUAAAUGUUAUUUACUUACGUAAAUCAUCAUAAACUUUCGUAACAUGCAAUCUUAACUUAAAGACAGCUUACAUAUUAUCUACAAGGUGGGAUUCAUGAGCAUACCUGCAAGCCGAAAUAAAAUACAUCGCGAUUGGAAUACCAUAGAAUUAACAUAAGUUUCUUUUUCUACAGAACUUAGAACAAGAAAGAAUGUGUGUGAUACAAAGACUCCAUUUAAAACCUGUCUGCCAAUCUGAAUUAGUGCUAUUAAUUGCUUGUAUUCAGAUUUUCCUAUUAAAAUAAUAAUAUUAAAAAAAUGAGUUUGAACGGUAAAGCUUCAAACUAUUUUCUUUAUAAUAUAGCACAUAAUAACUUGAACUUAUGCGAUAGUUGGAUUGACGUACUAACUGCGUAAGAAUCUACAGGUUCCAAAUUGGAUUAUAAUCUAUAAUUACUCAAUUGUUAUAUGAACUCCCGUGAUCGUUGGAAUGAGAAGUUGGAUUGACGUACUAACUGCAUAAGAACUUACAGAUUCCAACUUUAAAUAUAAUUAUUUAAUUGUAAUAUGAUCGCGGGGUAUUACUGUUUUGGUAUUAUCCUUUCAUUUGAACACUUAAUAUACAUGAAGUUAAAAUAAACCGUUUUUCAGACUAGUCUUCUUAUUUCUUGAAUACUUUUUUAUUUUUCAUUUAUAUUUAGUGUAUGUCUAUAUUAGUUGUAAUAAAAACGUUGUUAUUAUAUUGGUUGAGCUAGUACGAACACUUGAUGAAUUUAGUGAUCAUAUUCGUUGAAACUCUAUUUUAUAUAUCACAAAUAAAAUAUAGUAUUUUUUAUUUUAACUUUGUACGUAUAUAACGGCAUAAGUACUUCGUAUUUCUUACAAGGAAUUGUAAUAACUGCUCGUGUAAAGCUAUAACUAAUAUAGUUACGUGACAUGUUUUUUUUUAUUGAGACUUGUUUGUGAUGUCUGUUGUUCUCAUGGAGUGGCGGCCGUUUUUGUUUCGACACACAUGCAAUACGUAAGUGUUGUAAUUAUUUCUACUGAAAAAAUGCCGCAAAUGUCAGUAUACGCCCUUCUUAAAAAACAACCCUGUGUAUGUAGUUUCACAGUACAUUAUCAUGAACUACAAGACAUGAUAAUCCCGCAGUAUAUUUUCGCUUCGCUCAGUAUCUGGAUGUAAUAUUCAGUAACACAUUAUUUCAUACUAUCUACAUAAUAUAUAUGUAGCAAUUAUAUGAAUGAAUAUAAUAUAGGUAUUACAAAAGAUAUAAGCAUAAACUGUCUUAAGUACAGCACUACGUCGAACGUACGCAAUAGCUCGUACUAAGAAAUAACCGCGUAAGUCUAACUGUCGGAUUAAAGAUAGUAUAUAUAACUGGAGAUUUAUAAAGAAAUUCUUUGAAAAAUCUUAAUUAUGUCGUCUGACUGCUAGAACAUUUUUGUUUUUUCCACAAUUUGAAAUUGGCAAACGUUGAAACCGCCAGGUCUUUCUAUACCUACAGUAAACUUACUCUCAAAAGAUGGCGCUGUUUAUAAUAAGCAAUAUGACAGAAUAACACAAUUUAUGUAUAAAUAAAAAUAUGAAGCCUUUUGUUAUUGUUAAGUAAACAUUGUAAUAUUGAACUGAUAUUUUAAGUUAGUAAUUGUAAUUAUAAUUCUAAGAUCAUCGAAUGGUGUUGUGUGAUGACGUAGGAAGUGUGAGCGAGACCGAAUAAUUUUUAUAUUAAAAAUUAGAGGGAGAGAGAGAAUGAUAUAGCGUCCAAUAUUGUAACUUUACGUUUGUUUUAAUUAAAAUAAGUAUUAUAUUGAUAUUCUUUAUUUUGUAGAGCUAUUGAAAUAUUUUUAUAUAUUGAUGGAAAUAAAAAAAAAAUGAUUUAUUUA